CUGUGGCAACAGCUGUUUACGAUGUGGACUCCAGUGCGCAUGCCUUGACAUUUGGACAUUCUCCACGUAGACGCUUGACAGCUGCCUCCUCCUCCUCUUACCAGAAUAAACCAGGUUUUUUCUUCAGUUCCCCUUGAAGCGGACCAUUUGCCAGGAUUAUUCAGCGCUGGAAAGGAAUAUAACGAAGCUAUCCAGACCAGCAGGAACCCUCCAAGUGUGCCGCCCAUCGAGUUGAUGCCGAGGAGCAGCCGUGGAGUAGUCUUGGGGCAGCAGGUUAGAGCCGGACUUUCUGGCCAGGAUGAGGCUGCUCAAGGAACUGAUGCGUGUGGCCACCCAACAUCGUGCCAUCUACUGCUACAUGCUGCUCAGCAUCUGGAUAUUCCUUCUCAUAGCAGGAAUGUAUCGCUAUGUGGGCAAUGUUGAGUCGAAUCCAGGAGGUGGCUCAGCUUUUGGACCCAGCUCCUCUGGCACCGUCAGUUCCUUGGGCGGCGAAUCCUUGGCCUCGUCCACUGCCCAUCGAUUUGCCAAGUACAGAGAACGCUGUGCUCCGCUGUCGCAGCUCCAGCGUUUGGAUGAUGGCGGCAUCUUGGAGGGUUGGAAGCUUCAGGGAGUGCUCCUGGUCAUCAGGCACGGGGAUCGAGGACCCAUUUCGCAUGUCCGCAGUGCUGGCAUUAACUGCGGCGUGAGUAGUGGCACAGAUAACCUGGUCAACAGAUAUCGCAGCUUUUUGUACAACUCAAGUAGCUCGGCUUCGGGAUCGAACCACAUGUACUGGAAUAAAGUGGGACCUUUUCAUGGAUUUCCCCUGCUGCCAGCCACAGAGCGUGGUUGUCCACUGGGUCAGCUGACCUACAAGGGCAUUUCGCAGCUUCUUCAUGUGGGUGACAUUAUGCAUCAAGUGUAUGCCCAUCCUCUGGGCCUCCUAUUAAAACCGAGUCCCAAUCGUGGUUCAGUGGAAACAACGCCUCAUACUCUGCUGAAUUCGGAUGAAGUGGUUGUAUUCACCACUCGCUAUCGUCGCACAUUUCAAUCCGCUUUGGCCCUGUUGUUCACCCUGCUUCCGGCGGAUAAAUGGUUGGCCCUGAAUGUCCGGGAAUCCCACAGCAUGGCCUUCUGUUUCGGAGAGUGUAGUUGUCCUCAGUCGGCGCUGCUCAGGAAAAGAUUAGAGGCCUUGGGCGAUAGACAGCUCCUGAAACGAGACAAGGUAAUGGAAGUGAUGCAGUGGAUCGGCGGAACCAUACUACAACACACUCCGAAUGGCAUUAGUAAUCCCUUCGAGGUGGUGGAUGCCCUGCUGACUGUUCUCUGCCACGAUGCUGCUCUGCCAUGUCGUAAGAAAAAGCCACUUCCCACGCCAAAGCCAUUGAAAAAGAGUCCCAGUCAGGAGCUGGUGGAUGUGAUCAAUAUAGAUCAGGAUGAAACGGUCGCCAAUCCAUUGCAGGAGGGACAACAUCAGCUGGAACCGGAUUCCCCUGAGGUGGAAAACGGAAAUCCUUCGGUUCAGGCAGAAGAAUCUCAGGAUGGCUGCGUAGAGCCUGCCCAUGUGGACACCCUGAUGUCCUUUGCGGAUGAGCUAUCUCAACGCUCGGCUGGCCACUCGUACUAUAAGCUAUCCGGAUUGCUGCGAUCCUAUGGAAUGAUCCGUCACAUAGUCAGCUACAUGCUUAAGAUGAUCUCCGGCGAUAGGACAAAGUUUGUACUUUAUUCUGGACAUGAUUGCACCAUGCAGUAUCUUACAGCUGCCUUGGGAAUCAUUACGAGUCAAGGUCAGACUAUAGCCUAUGCCUCCAGAUUGGCAUUUGAAGUUUAUCGGAGUGAAGCGCACACGGAUUACUACUUCCGAGUGGUCUAUAACGGCAGAGAUGUGACGCAACAGAUUGAUUUUUGCGAGGGAGGAAAAAGCCUCAGGGUCACCAGGGAUUCCAGGGGCAACAAGGCCGAUCUGUGUCCCAUUGAGAAUAUCAUUCGCUUCCUGCACGAGGAUUACUUCAGUCCACUGAAUGCCACCAAUUUCAAGGAAGCUUGUGGAGCUGUCAAUCCCCCAAAAGCUGGCGAGUUCUAGUUCACCCAGUAAAUAGGAAUUAUAGGAGCCCUUUUCAAACUGUGAUAAGUAGUUAAGAUGCCACCCAAAAAAGUAGCAGAACGACCGCUUUUUAGCGAUGUUAUCCUUUUACCUUUAGCUGAAUUUUAGUUAACGCAUUCAACUUGUUGAUCCACAAAUCGAAAACGAUACAUAUCAAUGGAGCACUUGUUAGCUUUUAAGAACAUAACAUACAAAAAAUGGAUGUAGGAAUAAAUCGUAAACAUAUCAACUUUAUAAAGUUAAUUUUAAAACAAAAGCUUGAGAAUAAACUUUCCUCGAUUUUUAGCAUUUAAUAAAUGUUUCCGAUUUUUAAAGUAAACAAAUAUUUUUAGGAACAUAUCAACUCUCCGAGUAAAAUGAACACUUGGAAACGAAGACGGAUGAUAAAAAUUUGAUUGUAAAUAAAAUUACGUAAACAGAAAAACAAAAAAUUAAAAAUGGAAUUAUAGGAGAAAACAUUCCCAUACAAAUUUAAGCUAUAAUUUUGAAAUUAAAUAAUGGAAUUGGAAAACACAUAUCAAACUUAAACGUGAACAUUUCAAGCAUAUUUUAAAGAGUUUUACAAACAUGAUGUAAUAGAAUCUACAAUAGUUUUAAAUUUAAAUAAAUGUUUCCGAUUUUUAAAAUAAAUCAA